CCCUGCAAGCAGGUUCAUCAGUUACACAAAAGCCAUUUACUUGGUGACAGCAUGUCUAUUUCUUGCCAAACAACAACCCACCCGCUGGAUUCUCUGACAGUCAAACUACGCAGUAUCAACCAAGAUAAAGUCAUCCUGAUGUAUCCAGACAUCUCUCCAGCAUCAGAGCACCAGAGAUGGUCUGUGAGGAAUGAUGCUGGAAAUGUUACACUUGAUCUGAAAGACUUCAGAUCAUCCGAUGGUGGUCUUUAUGACUGUCAGGUCUACAAGGAUCAGGACUGCCUUCAUACAACUCGAUUUAACCUGAGUAUUAUAAAGUGUAAAAUUUUGAACUCUGUCCAUCCAACCCCAGGCUCUUCAGUGUUGCUGCCAUGCUCUGAACAUCCUCUACAAAACAGAACUGCACCAGUCACUUGGAAAGUUGUUAAUGGUUACCAAUUAACAGAUAUAUACAAGUAUCACGCUCAAAACAAGCCCUCUAGCAGCACAGAGAAACCCCCGGACCCCCUGUACAUGAGAGCGAAACCACUUAACAACGGAUCUUUGCUUAUACUAAAUGCAGUACAAACUGAUGAACUGUGGUAUCGGUGCAGAGUGAAUGAAAAAACCUGCUAUGAGACGAAGCUGGUGAUGAAAGGUACUGAAUUUAUUUGA